AUGGACAGGUCUUGGUGUCCUGGACUUGACCCAGGAAUGUGUAGUCCUCGUUGCCACAGAUGGCAUGGGCUGUUGCCGAGGCUCAGAGCACAACCAGGGCUAGGCAGUGGGCGUUCAGGUGGUUUCUUUGUCAGCAGGCGGGCUAUGAAAGGGGUCGCAGGGGGUGUGCUUGGUGUCUCGUGUACAUGGAGGCUUUCCACCUCCUCAAAUCUGGGUCCUUGUAUCUGA